AUGGAGCCGGCAUUCUUUAAAGGACCUGCUCCGCCGCCGAUACCCACGAAGGAUAUCCUAUCAUGGAUUUUCGAUGAACCAAGAUGUGAGGAUGAUCAGAAAAUCCUGAUUGACGCGAAUAAUGACUCCCGCUACGUAACCUUCGGCCACGCCCGGAACACAAUCCGGAGAUUGAUCAAAGGCUUAAAGGCGGCGGGAAUGGGAAAAGGGGAUUGCGUGCUUAUACAUUCUUUCAACGAUAUUUACUACCCCAUCCUCGGCCUCUCCAUAAUCGGUGCCGGCGGGGUAUUUGCGGGCUCGAACCCGUCGUACACUCCUCGGGAAUUGAUUCACCAUAUCGCGACGUCGCAAACGAGGAUCGUGAUUUCCGAGCCGGAAUUGCUGGUGAAUGUUCGGGCGGCGAUUGAGGGGUUGCCGGAGGGGAGUGUUAAAGCGGUGUAUGUGUUCAAUCCCAGGGAGGGACAGAGCGUUCCUCCUGGGGAGAUAUCAUGGGAGGAGUUACUCAAUGCUGGGGGAAAGGAAGGGGAGGAUUGGGUAAGGUUCGAUGAUAAAGAAACGGCCGAGAACACAGUUGCCUGUAGACUCUUUAGCAGCGGAACGUCGGGGUUACCGAAGGGAGUGGAAAUCACGCAUUACAACAUUGUAGCGCAGCACGAACUCGCGCAUGAGACCGAAAAUGGACUCGAAGGGCAAAUCUGGACCCUAAAACUCCCCAUGUUCCACGUCGCCAACGUCCCCCUGGUCUUCACGAGUAUGUUCCGAAAGCCCUCGACCGGAUACGUCCUCCGGAGGUUCGACAUGGAAAACUGGCUCUCCACUGUGGAAAAGUACAAAGCAACUCACACCUCCCUCCCGCCCAUCAUCGCCACCGGGAUCAUUAAAUCCCCGCUAACGGAUAGGUACGAUAUUUCGUCGUUGAGGAUGGUGAUUUCGUCUGCGUGGGCAUUGAACCCCGAUAUCCAGAGGACGUUGAUCCGGAAGAUCAAACCUGUGAAGGGACCAGAAGAGAACGAACCAAGGAUUACCCAGCUAUGGGGAAUGACCGAGGCGACUUGCAUCGUGACUAAAUUUAAUCACCCAGAACUCGACGGUACUGGGAGCGUAGGGAGAUUGAUACCGGGUAUUGAAGCUAAGAUCGUAGACGACGAAGGAGCAGACAUCAGCGACUACAAUGCCACUGGCGAAAUAUGCCUACGCGGUCCGACAAUCGUAAAGGGCUACUUCGGGAACCCGGACGCUACCCGCACCUCCUGGGACCAGGGCGGAUUCUAUCACACUGGCGAUGUAGGGUACUGUGAUCGGGAAACCAAGAAAUGGUACCUGAUAGACAGGAAAAAGGAACUUAUCAAAGUCCGCGGUUUCCAGGUCGCUCCGGUAGAACUAGAGGGCAUACUGCUGGCCCACCCGCAGAUACUAGACGCAGCGGUGAUAGGUGUUAUCCUAGAGGAGUAUGGAAGCGAGCUUCCGAGGGCAUACAUCGUUCUGCGCCCCAGGAGCACCGCAGACGAGACGACGCCGUUAGAUGAGGAUGGGGUGAAAGAGUUUGUCAAGAGUCAAGUCGCGACGUACAAGAGGCUUGAAGGGGGGGUUGUCUUUGUGGACACGAUCCCGAAGAAUGCUACGGGGAAGGUGCUCAAGGGGGUCUUGAGGGAGUGGGCUGGGAGUGAGGUUGGGAGGGUUGGUGGUGGUGGUGGGUGUUAGGUGUUAGGGGGUGCAUUCGGGAUAUUUGUUAUUGUGGUUCAGUUCAGUGGUUCAGUGUUUUGUUGCGGGUCCUACUUCCAAGUACCUUAGCAGACUGAUGCGGUAGACAAGAAACGAACAUUAUUACCGUAUGAUACAUCACGAGGCACGUGCCUGGGCAUAUACUCGUAGCCAGAAUCCACGACCUUUUCGCCCCGGAGAAUCCCCCCCCAACACUAUGUAACCGACCCCAUAUCACACCAUCCUGCCCCCACUUCUCCUCUCCCUGAUUUGAAGAAUUUUCUCACCCUUCCCACCCCGCAAUGUCGCGUCUGUCAAUCCCUCACCCGCUCGCGUGUAGUGUGCAGGAUCCAUGCCAGUACGAGCACAGUGACCUUCCUUGAGCUGCCACCCCCCGUCCUCGGCCAGCUGUCCGACCGUUAAAGUUACUGGGAACUCGAAUGCCCUUCCCACCCACCGGGGCACUGUGCUACCGGCCCAUGUACACGUACGAGAACUCGAGUACUAGCACAGUAAUACACAGUAAUACCGUGCUGUGGUACAGCACUUGAGCAGCUCUCCCACCAAAGGCCCUUGUUCGUCACCCGUGCAUUUUCGUCGUUCCCCCCAGCGCAGCUACUUGUACCCGAGUGCUGGUGCAGCAGCAGUUCAUAUCCAACCACAUGGCCUGCCUGUCUGCAGCAGAAUGUCACGGCACUGAAGGGUUAGAAUAACCUACCGGUACUGUAGAAUCUCCGCAGGCCGUUGGAGUUGGCUCUCCCGGUAAGGCCGUUGUAUCCAUCCCUCCUUCUCACCCUUCUCAGCUGAGGGCUGAAGGGAAUACAGUACCGGUAUUUUCGCUGUGCUCCCCCCUUAAUCCGAAGGGGGAAAUCCUGGACGUCCCAGCAUCCUUCUGGAUUAUUCCGGCUUUUACCGUACCGGUACUGUACUCGAGUACUAGUACUCGUACUCGAGUAGCGUUAUGAGUCGCAGGGCAUUCUGGGGUCUUGUGGGACCCAAGACGGGAUUUGCCGGUGGUUUCUGGAUACCGGUAGUCCACCCA